AAAACUUGGAGACAUUUCUCUCUCUGGGGAGACCCAAAGAUCUCCCCACUCACACACCUGGGGACACAGGCUAUUCCGGGAGGUGAUUUGCAACUUAGCCAGGCCCCCAAGGCUGGCUCCUGUAGGGAGAAAGUCUGCGGUCCACACCCAAGCCUUCAUCGUUUGUCCUCCGGGUUCGGGCUUCUGCUGGAAGAGGGGAGCUUCUGCAAUGGGAAUGUCCACAGCCCCGCCGCCCCCCACCACCUCCAAAACUCCGCAGAAGCAGCAUCUGGAAGCAGUGGGCGCUUACCAAUAUGUGCUUACUUUCCUCUUCAUGGGCCCUUUCUUCUCCCUUCUUGUCCUCAUCCUCCUCUUCACGUCACUCUGGCCCUUCUCGGUUUUAUACUUGGUGUGGCUCUACGUGGACUGGGACACACCCAACCAAGGUGGAAGGCGUUCUGAGUGGAUGAGGAACCAGGCCAUUUGGAGACAACUAAGAGACUAUUAUCCUGUUAAGCUGGUGAAAACGGCAGAGCUGCCCCCGGACCGGAACUACGUGCUGGGCGCCCACCCACAUGGGGUCAUGUGCACAGGAUUCCUCUGUAAUUUCUCCACCGAGAGCAAUGGCUUCUCCCAGCUCUUCCCUGGGCUCCGGCCCUGGUUAGCCGUGCUGGCUGGCCUCUUCUACGUCCCGGUCUACCGCGACUACAUCAUGUCCUUUGGACUCCGUCCCGUGAGUCGCCAGAGCCUGGACUUCAUCCUAUCCCAGCCCCAGCUCGGGCAGGCCGUGGUCAUCAUGGUCGGGGGUGCCCAUGAGGCGCUGUAUUCAGUCCAGGGGGAGCACUGCCUCACUCUCCGGAAGCGCAAAGGCUUUGUGCGCCUGGCGCUGAGACACGGGGCAUCCCUGGUGCCCGUGUACUCCUUUGGGGAGAAUGACAUCUUUAGACUGAAAGCUUUUGCCACGGGCUCCUGGCAGCACUGGUGCCAGCUCACCUUCAAGAAGCUCAUGGGCUUCUCUCCGUGCAUCUUCUGGGGUCGCAGUCUCUUCUCAGCCACCUCCUGGGGCCUGCUGCCCUUUGCUGUGCCCAUCACCACUGUGGUGGGCCGCCCCAUCCCUGUCCCCCAGCGCCUCCACCCCACUGAAGAGGAAGUCAAUCACUAUCACGCACUCUACAUGAUGGCCCUGGAGAAGCUCUUCGAGGAGCACAAGGAGAGCUGUGGAGUCCCUGCUUCCACCUGCCUCACCCUCAUCUAGCCUGGCUGCGGCCUCUCGCUGAGCCCCUGAGCCCAGGGCACUGAGACCUCCACCCACUGUGGGCUCCGUGUCUCCAAUAAAAGGUAGUUCUAGGCC